AUGUCCGCGCCUCCUUCCCCAGCAUUGGCCGACCGACUUCACGAUACAUCGUGUCAUUCUCGUCAAACUUCUCAUCAGUCUUCAGCUGAUUCCACAGCUUCAAUCCAGUCUCUGCACCUCGCCUCAGUACCGCUAUCUGCCUUUUCUACUUCGCGUGUACCUGUCUCGCCGCCUUCUUCUCAUUUAGCGACUUCGCCUCACCCCAGCUCCGAUGCGACAUCGUAUCGCGUUUACCGACACGAUCCAAACACGGUGGACGGUUCCGAUGGCUCUGCUCUCGGAACCGGCGAGGUGGUGGGCCUUAUGAGGACCAUUAACCUGACCAGCAGUCCCACAACCUCUAUCAUUCCAGAACGCGACCUGGAGGAAGGCGAGAUUCUCGCGUCCCCGGCGAGUCCUAAGUCACCCGUUGGUAGAGCUCCACGUCAACGUGAAGAAUCGUUUGGAGGUGCCCUACCUUCUUCCCCAGAGGUAUUGCCUUCGGCCGCCUCGGGUCGACUUGUUGCUAGCCUUGCGCCUAUACCUUCAAGUGGCGCCACUAGCUCGGCCGUCAUCAACGCUCUUUCCAGUUUGCCUACUUCUAGCACACUCUCAAGCAUCCUUAGCUCCUCUUCCUUCCACACUGCCUCUUCCUCUAGCUCGAUUCCAACGUCAAUUUCAAACUCAGGUUCAGCAAAUAACUUGUCAAUGUGCAAUUCUGACUCGCAAGAUUUCAACAACGAGACAAAAUUCACCGCCCAGGUUAAACCACAACUCACUUCCCGCUCUGGCAAUGUCCCUGAGACCGGACCUAUUGAUCUCGAAGCCCUUGAGAAGGAUAGUGCCAACGCGACGCUAACUUUCAAUGUCAACCACAGUGCUCCUGCGCAUAUACCCAGCUCUGACAGUGACCAUGGUACUAGCAGAUCAUACGAUGCUGCUGAUGACCAGCAGAAAUCACCGAACGUGUACAUCAAUGGCUUGCCGUCUCAUUUCCCUGAAGAGCAGCUUUUCGAACUCGCAGCUCCCUUUGGUGAGAUUCGAAGUGUGCGGAGUUUCACUAGACAUGUCGGAGAGAAGGAAAGUGGUUACGGUUUUGUGCUAUUCGAAACUGUGGAAGCAGCUGAAAAAUGCAUCCAAUCCCUUCGUCGUUUUAGAAAUCUCCACCCAACGUUUUCAAAGCAAUCUCAUAAAAUACCCGGCUUGCCAUAUACACAAUCAUCCUUGCAGAGUGGGUGGACGCACGAAAACGAUAACGGCCCAAGCCUCGCUCAUGGCACUGGUGUGUGUUCUUCCGCUGCUGGUGGCGGGACCGGCAUGAAUCAAACCGGCGAGAUUUCCUUCAAGACCAAAAUGGAACAUUUGCAGGAUCCGAAUAGCACAAAUCUGUACAUUGAAGGGCUUCCUUUAAGCAUUGAUGAACCAUCAUUAGUUGCCCUCGUAUCGCCCCAUCGCAUCAAGAGCAGCCGAUUCUUUCAAACUAGAUUGAGUAACCCUCCGAGAAUCAUUGCCUUCGUCAGAUUGGAAACUAGACAUGGAGCUGAAGAAGUUGUUGAACGUUUACAUGGACGAAUGGUCCGUGGAUGGAACGAUCCCGGUAGCCGAAUUUCGGUUCGAUUUGCAGACACCAGCGAACAGCGAGAAUUAAGGCGUUCAGAACGUGUCAUACGCGAAGACGACUCUGCUUCUCCUGCUAGACUCACCAUUGCACAAGCAGCCUUGCUCAACCUUCGUGGCCGCGACCAGCUUCGUAACCAACAGCAGACUGGCGUUGACGCUCCUCUCAUUGGAGCCAGCCGCUUGGUUCAUGGAUCCGCACCGACUGCAAACCAGGUCUACAACGAUUUUUCGUCCAACGCCCACGACCUUUCUGCUGCUGCUGCAGGAGCAUACCGGGGCUCCGCCAGUGACUUGACAUCUGCAGCUCAGCUACUUGCAGGACUCAACAAUGGUCCCCGUCGUGGAGUCAACCUUUCGCCUUACCACCAAACAUCUCCUCUUCCGAAUGUUCUGGGUCAGACCAACCAAGAUCUGACUCCUGCUAUGGCGGCUCUUCUUGACUCUCUACGCGGUAAUGGGGCUCCUUGGACUGGUCAUGAUGAUCGUUAUACUGCUCCGCAACGCCAACCUCAUACAUUUCGCAACGCCCAUAGCGCCCAUUCCGUUCUUGGAGAUGUUGAUCUCAAUCUCACUUUCACACCCGAGUAUCAAAGCCGUGUCGGAGGCGGCGUAGCGCAAACCCGAAGCGGUUAUACUCCUGCUGAAGAGCUCAUUCUCAACGCACAUGCACAAAGGCGCAAGAGUGUCCACAUCGGAGGCGACGAACCUUCUUACCACCAACAUGGUCAACACGUGGACGAUGCGGGCUUCAAUGUUGGUGUUCGUGGUUACCGCACGCAAGCAUCUACCAUGUCAAUACAGCAACAACCGUCAUCCUAUUACCUUUCUUCAGGAAACUUGCCUGUCGUAGUCGAAUCAGAUGGGGAUCAAGAGGCUGAGCAUCCGCCUCAGUCAACAAGGUAUCCUCAAUCUCAGCUCAAUGGGAGGUCCCGUCAGGUUCGCAACUCUGGCCCACGCGAGCGCGAUAUUCACAACAACUUCCUUAGCAAUAAUCAUAAUCAACAGGCUCAUGUCCGUUCGACCACACUCCCACCUUCGUCUACGCCGUCGACGGCUGCACCUCGCCACUAUCAGCACAACAGCAUGAGUGUAUUGAAAUCGAGAAAUAUCACCAACGACAUCAUGCGUACAACUUCGUCUCAAUUGCAAACAACAUCGUCCAAUCAGCCUCAGGCGCAUUCAAAACACAGAUCCAUGAACUCUAUCAGCAGCAGCAUUCUUAAUAACAGCAAGAUUCACGAUGACAACAUUCAUAACAAUACCCACUUAUACUCUGACGCCAGUGAUAUUCGUAUUCCAGACGGAGGCUCAUCAUACACGGAUAUGACCUCUGCUCAUCAACAGCAGCAUCAUUAUCGCCAUAAUUAUCCUACUAAAACCGCUGGCGACCAGGACCCUCCGUUUGGUAACAACAAUUUGGACUCGAAGAAAAACACAUUCGACGAUGGGUCGUACGGAGUAACCACACAUUCUUAUACUCGAAAUCCUGAAACUUAUGAUGUCCCUCAAACCUCCCCUCCACUCGUCUCGCCCGCUUUAACUUAUUCCUCGAGAGGGUCUGGUGCGACACUUAGUCCCUCUACGCCUUAUGUUGGGUCAUUUACCUCAUCUACGGGUCAUGAAACUGGCGGGGAAUACCAAUCUGCGCAGAGGGUAGAAACAGAGGUAGGAGUUGGGGAAAGAUAA